AAUAAAUUCUGAGUACAUUGGCGAAUCGCGGGAGUUUCAAGAUGGCGUCGAAGAGGACACUUUACAAACCGGCAACUUUGCAAGAUAUCGGCAGUCAAGAACAGAGGAGAGGGUUGGCCCAGGGUCGGCUCGUGAGUAAACCCAUUCUACCAGACACCAUGACUGUGUUUGCGUCUCCAAGAGAUUUUAAUCUGAAUGCUUCAAACAUGGAUACAGGUGAUAUGACAGUGACCCUGCCUAAUUGUGGCUACCCCGUAGAGGGCUCCGUCACCCCUCCCAGGCAGUCCCUGGCAAGGGCUAUGACCGGCAACGGUCCCAAAACACCAGACGACAUCACACAUCGAUCCAAAUCGUUGCCAUUUGGUAGUCAGUAUGGGAGUGGCCAUGGAGCCACGCCCAGCUCCCCCUCCAAGCCGACGCCCUCAGCAUUGCUAGAGCUGUCAGAUGCUGAAAAUGAUCCAAGCCAUAGCACAUCAAAGUCCCCUAUACUACACGUCAGACAUCUGACUCCCUCCCCUGUGCUGUUUGUGGACGCGUCCGGAGGCCGUGUUGACCCAGACAGGUCAGAGGUCGAAACCAACACCAACCUGGUCAUCUCGCCAGCUAAGGUCAUAUGUCACGCCCCGGCGGUGGUUGAGAGUGACCUGAGAGACACGGGAUAUACGCAGGAAACAGCCAGGAUUAAGGUAGAGGCUGUACCGACCGUCAGCCUGCUCGGUGACCUCGAUGUGACCCAGGUCAAAGGUGACAAAAGGUCAGCUUUAAAUCCUGUCACUGCUGCAUCAAAGGGUGGCACUAGAACCCCACUGGUUGUCAAGGAGAAUACGCUAGCAGGUAUUUCACAGGAUAUAUCACAGGCCCUGAGAAUCCAGGAUGCGUCCAGAGAUGGGGAUAAGAAUGCAUCAGUUGGCACCAAGACAGAAUCCACCCAGAAGGACAAGAAGAAAAAGAAAGCCACGUUUGUACCAUCACGGUACAUGCAAGCUGCUACCAAGCCUGUGUCCGUUGGAUCCAGUUCUAUGGGGGAGACAACCACGGUCCCACCGCGCCCAAGAUACAGCUCAGCCACCCAGCACCCUAGAGCAGGCGCAACCAAAAAGCAACCAUCGCAUACAAAGAGAACAGUCAGUUCGUCUGCCGCCAAGCGACCAAUAGGCAGCCAGCGCAGCCAAUCCACCAACCAAUCACAGUACAGCUACACCCCAAUGCCUCGUGGGAUGCACAAAGGGGGCGGGGUCACCUCAACACCAGCCAUGAACGCCUCCAUACUCCCUCCAGCUGGUAGCUUGGAUGCAUCGGCCAUCGGUUCAUCCAUGAUACAGGGCCCUGAUGUAUCCAUGGCGAUGGCCCCGGCAUCAGGCAUUGCUAUGUCAUUAGCCGGUAGACUGGACAGCACUAAGAGUACUUCCCACCAAGAAUCAUCUGCUGCAGAUACAUCUGUCUUCCAGUCUGGUAUGUCCACCUCAGCAGGGCAGGACUCAGCUUAUGUCUCAUUACCAACCACACACAAGAAGAAACGAGCAGCUGUUAUUACCCAGGAUUACCUGGACCGGGUGUAUGCUCGCUACACGCAGGCUCUGUUUCUUGACUCCAAGCUGGAGAAAUCUUUAAAGGAACAAGAGAAAGAAGCGAUGUCUGAGAUGUACGGCCUGUGGCACGAGAACGAGAGGCUGAGAAACAAGAAGCGAGACUUGGAGCUGGAGUUGGCGAGUGGUCGGCAUGCCAACCAUCUGGAUCAACAGCUGGAUGUACAGAUUUCGGGUCUUGGCCCAGUUGUAACCCAUCUGGAUGAGCUGAAGAAGCAGUACAGCACCUUGGCCCAUGCCCUGGAUACAACCAGACAUCAGCUGGGAACCGUGGGUAUCCAUGUUCCUCAAGAUGAAGACGGUUAUCAUGGGUCGCUAAUUAGUGCCUUAGCCGAGAGCGAGAAUCUCCUGGGGGAGAUCAGCGCAGCUACACGGACUCACCAACCCAAAAUCACCUCCUUCGCUACCGCCAUACAGGCCUUGCAGAAAGCCGUGGACAAUGAAGACAAGGAACUCAAGAGAUGUCAGGAGCUUCUGGCAGCAACCAGCACCUUAGCCACACAGGAGGGGUCUUUACGGAUACAACAGAUUGAACAGUGAUGACGUCUUUGCAUCCAGCACCCACACAUGAGAUUGCCUUGAAGUAGCAGCUGCAUCUUAUAGACAGCGUGAAGCUUUCACUGGCCCAAGUAAACAUGCUUGACGUAACAACCCACGCACGAUGAGUGUGCAUGCCUUCCCAAAUCUGGAUCCAGUUAAGUGACUGAACAGGUUUCACGCCGUAAUUUCACAGACAUUUCAUGUGUUCCUGGGCCCGUGGAUAGCAGUCAGCCAGUUCUGUAUUUCAACUGUGCAUGUGCACAACGGUAUGGGUUACGGGCCAUUCCGGAUACUCGAACGAUCGAAGGUGCAUGAACGCGCGAGCGCACGACGCUUGCGUGUCAAUUACUAGCAGAAUGGUCAUUCCGGAUACUCGAACGAUCGAAGGUGCAUGAACGCGCGGGCACACGACGCUUGCGUGUAAAUUACCAGCAGAAUGGGCGUGCGCGUAACAUCACGUAACAUAAUGUCAGCAAUGUUAUCCCGAAUGACCUCGGGUCAUUGAAAUACCGAACUGGCUUUUUAAGUAAAAAUGGCUUUUUAAAGAGGUUGUGGAAUGCUC